GCCAACAAUGAAGCACUUGACGCAACCAAGAAACGCGAUCUUCAGAGAACACCAUCCAUCUUCUGAGACAGCAUCUUCCCCAAACCCUAGUUCUGUGAAGCAGAGAUCUUCCUCCUCCUCCUCCUCUCGCAAACGUAAAUCAUCCAAAGAGAAUGCUCCGCCGUCGGAUCCAAACGCAAUGCUGGAUUUUCCUCCGGUCGCCGGAAAACCCUCGGCGGCGGGGGGGAAGAUCAGAAGUCCGCUGCCGCCGAGGCCGCCCCCUUCAAACCCUCUGAAGCGAAAGUUCAAUAUCGAUUCAAUCCCUGAGAAUGGCCUUCCUGUCUCUUCUGAUUCUGGAGUAAAGGUUAUAGUGCGAAUGAGGCCACCCAAUAAGGAUGAGGAAGAAGAAGAGUUGAUAGUUCAGAAAAUUGCUAGUGAUUCUUUGUCUAUACUUGGACAGACAUUUACAUUUGACUCUGUUGCUGAGACAGAGUCAACACAGCUAGAUAUUUUCCAGCUGGUUGGAGCUCCUCUUGUUGAAAAUUGCCUUGCUGGGUUUAACAGCUCUGUCUUUGCAUAUGGACAGACUGGGAGCGGAAAGACGUAUACGAUGUGGGGACCGGCGAACGCCUUGUUGGAAGAAAAUCUAUCAAGCGAUCAACAAGGCUUAACUCCCCGUGUUUUUGAGCGACUUUUUGCCCGCAUAAAUGAGGAGCAAAUUAAGCAUGCUGACAAGCAACUCAUGUAUCAAUGCCGCUGUUCUUUUCUUGAGAUUUACAAUGAACAAAUCACUGAUUUGUUGGAUCCAAGCCAAAGAAACCUCCAGAUAAGAGAAGAUGUCAACUCUGGUGUCUAUGUUGAGAAUUUGACAGAGGAAUGUGUAUCUACAAUGAAAGAUGUCACGCAGCUUUUAAUGAAGGGAUUGUCAAACAGGAGGACAGGUGCAACAAGUAUAAAUGCUGAGAGUUCCCGUUCGCACAGUGUAUUUACUUGUGCUGUUAAGUCACGAUGUAAGAGUGUGGCAGAUGGUUUAAACUGCUUUAAAACAAGCAGAAUAAACCUUGUUGAUCUCGCUGGUUCAGAAAGACAGAAACAGACCGGUGCAGCUGGUGAACGCUUAAAGGAAGCGGGGAAUAUAAAUCGGUCUCUUUCACAGCUUGGGAACUUGAUAAACAUUCUUGCAGAAGUUUCCCAAUCUGGGAAGCAAAGGCAUAUUCCCUACAGAGAUUCCAGGUUGACAUUUUUAUUGCAGGAAUCUCUUGGUGGAAAUGCAAAACUAGCAAUGGUCUGUGCCAUUUCUCCUGUGCAAAGCUGUAAGAGUGAGACUUUAAGCACACUGAGAUUUGCCCAGCGUGCAAAGGCUAUCAAGAACAGGGCAGUUGUUAAUGAAGUAAUGCAGGAUGAUGUGAAUUUCUUGCGUGAAGUGAUACGGCAAUUGAAGGAUGAACUGCUUCGGAUGAAGGCAAAUGGAAACCAAGCCGACCCUUAUGGAGGUUAUUCAACAGGGUGGAAUGCCCGUAGAAGCUUGAAUCUCCUGAAAUUUAGCCUCAAUCGUCCAAUGACUUUACCUCAUGUUGAUGAUGACAGUGAUGAAGAAAUGGAAAUUGUUGAGGAGGCUGAUCAAGUUGGUGUUCAAUCAACAAAUGCCAUGCAUGUGGGCAAUCUAGGAACUUCUGGGAACCCUCAGCCAAACACAUCUGAGAGUGCAUGCGAUGAAAAUGAAGGCUGUAAGGAUACAGAUGUCAUUAUGGAAGAAGAAGUAUCUGAACAAGUUGACAAGCAUGAAAUCAUCACUGUUGAUCACGGAGAGCCUUUUAUGAGCACUCUAGAUUUUUCCAAAGAUGAUGUAGUAAACCAUCGUAACCACACUGAAGGAAAUGACGAAGAUAAGUUGAUCCAUUCACUGGAUAAUGCACUUGAUAAAGAAGAUUAUCCUGGGAAUCCCAGUCAGGAGUGUCUCACCUCCUCCACCAGUAAUUUCCUGAAUGAAAAAUCACCAAGCAAGCUAGCAGGGGGUAGUCCCUUGCUUAUACUUUCGGAGUCAAUGUGCCAGGAUUCUGCAAAUAAUGAAGUAAAAGAGAUGUCUAAAAGUCCCCCUAAGGGCUCAGGGGAUGACGCUCACUCUAACCUUAGCCUGGUUCCAUGUGAAGUAUCACCAGUUCUUAGAUCUCCCACACCGAGUGUUUCACCAACAGUAAAUCACAGCAGGAAAAGUCUUAGGACUUCAUCCAUGCUAACUCCUUCCCAGAAAGAUCUCAGGGAUGAAAAUAAGUUAGGCUUGGAGGUUGUACGCAUGUCAUUGCCAAGUAGAAGUUGUUUUCCACCAACUGAAUAUUUGGCUGCCAGUCUUCAUCGUGGUCUUGAAAUUAUUGAUAGUCAUCGCCAGAGUUCUGUUUUGAGGCGGUCAUCAUUCAGGUUUUCAUAUAAACCUGAUGAUAUCAAGCCAAUUUUGCCAAUCAGCAAAGUUGAUGUGGGCAUACAAACUCUUCCUGAAGAUAAUGAAGGGGAUUCGUUGGUGUUGUGUGGUAAAUGUAGGAGUGGAAAUUCUCAGCAAGAGCUCAAAGAUGCAAAUGACACUUCGAAUUUGCAGUUAGUACCUGUUGAUGGGUUACAAUCAGCUGAUAAAUCCAAGAAAUUAGUUCCUAAAGCAGUAGAAAAGGUCUUGGCCGGAGCUAUUCGGAGAGAGAUGGCAUUAGAAGAAUACUGUGCAAAGCAAACAUCUGAAAUUAUGCAACUUAAUCGUUUGGUUCAACAGUACAAGCAUGAGAGGGAAUGCAAUGCAAUUAUUGGGCGAACACGGGAUGAUAAAAUUGUUUGCCUUGAGAGCCUGAUGGAUGGCAUUUUACCUACUGAGGAGUUCAUGGAAGAUGAAUUAGUAUCACUUACAAAUGAGCAUAACCUUCUAAAGGAAAAAUAUGAAAACCAUCCAGAAGUUUUGAGGACAAAAAUCGAGUUAAAAAGAGUUCAAGAUGAGCUGGAACGAUAUAGAAACUUCUUUGAUAUGGGUGAGAGGGAUGUGUUGUUGGAAGAGAUUCAAGAUUUAAGGAGCCAACUGCAUUAUUAUAUUGACUCUUCACCCAAGUCUGCUCGUAAACGAAGUCCUCUUCUACAGUUAACCUAUUCAUGUGAGCCUAGUGUGGCUCCCCCUUUGUGCACAAUUCCAGAGUCAACUGAGGAUAGUGCUGAACAUAAACUUGUACAGGAGAGAAUUCGUUGGACUGAAGCAGAGAGCAAUUGGAUUUCUCUUGCAGAAGAUUUGAAGAUUGAACUUGAAGGUAGCCGUUCUCUUGCUGAGAAGCUUAAGCAUGAAUUAGAUUUGGAGAAGAAAUGCUCAGAAGAGCUGAAGGAAGCAAUGCAGAUGGCCAUGGAGGGCCAUGCACGCAUGCUCGAACAGUAUGUAGAUCUCGAGGAGAAACAUAUUCACUUGCUUGCAAGGCAUAGGAAGAUUCAAGAUGGAAUAGAUGAUGUCAAGAAAGCAGCUGCCAAAGCUGGAGUGAGGGGUGCUGAAUCUAAGUUCAUAAAUGCCCUUGCUGCAGAAAUCUCAGCACUAAAAGUGGAAAGAGAAAAAGAGAGGCGGUAUUUCAGAGAUGAGAAAAAAGGUUUGCAGAACCAACUGAGGGAUACUGCUGAAGCCGUGCAGGCUGCAGGUGAACUACUUGUGCGGCUUAAAGAAGCAGAAGAAGCUAUUGCUGCUGCCCAGAAGCGGGCCAUAGAGGCAGAGCAGGAGACUAAAAAGGCUUACAAACAGAUCGAUAAAUUGAAGAAAAAACAUGAAAAAGAGAUCAGUUCUUUAAAUCAACUACUUGCAGAGUCUCGGUUGCCUACGGAAGCAACAAGACCGGCUUAUGAUGACUCUGAUGUGGUGAAAUAUGAUGCAGGAGAGUCUGAUGAGCGAUGGAGAGCGGAGUUUGAGCCAUUCUAUAACGUUGAAGAAGGUGGGUUAUCAAAACUUGCAGAACCACCCUCUUCUUGGUUCUCGGGGUAUGAUCGAUGCAACAUAUAGACGAGAUACAUCUAAUGGCGUUACUAGUGUAUGUAUUGGCUAACACUUAUGAUUAUUCAUAAUUCAUAUUAAUUGUUCUGACCAAUUGUGAGGACCAAUGAAUUGGUUCCUCUGUGUGCGCUAUGUAUUCAUUUUGGAUUCUUGAAUCAUAAAAGAUGAAUGAAUCAAUGAUUGUAUUCUUCUAUCAAA